ACCUCGCCUCCAACAUCUGGUCAGAUCUCGAUGUUGCCGCGCUGGACGCCCUGCCCCCGACCGCGCCUCAUCACGCUGCCGACCUGCUUGUCGUCAAGGGGGACCAGGACGGGUACGCCCGCACGUACAUUGUCGUGCCGGGGUACGUGUAUGGCACCCCGAGCGGCCCGCUUUACGACGCCGAUAUCGCAAAGAAGACCACUAUCCUCAUGCCGUGGCUGGCGGACGUGUUCGCCAGGCGCGGACGCGCCGGUGUUCUUGGAGGUGGAAAGAACGCAUGGGUCAACGUGCAUGUCCAGGACAACGCAGACGUCUACUACCGGCUGUUCUCGAAGAUUGUGGAUGACCCCUCUGGCCUCGGACACGGCCGCGAGGGCUACUACUUCACCGAGAACGGCGAGUGCACGCUUUACGAGAUGUGCAAGGCAAUCGGCGAGGCCCUCGUCGCCGUCGGGGUCGCCACUGAGGCCGAACCCGACACCCUCAGCGCGGAGGAGUGCGACAAGUACUUUGGGAAGUUUGGCGACUUUGAGGUUGUCUCGCUGUUCUUCGCGAACGUGCGUUGCCAUGCAGACCGGGCGCGCAGGGAUCUUGGGUGGGCGCCAACGCAUACCCCGGACGAGGUGCCCAAGACUGCGCGGGGCAUCGUCGACGCAGUCGUGGAGAAGCAGGGACUGAAGACAAAGACGUGAUGAUGGGAAGGAAAUUGCAUUGAAUUGACCGCCUGUUUCUGUUCUGCAUGUAUCAGCUCAGUUCUAUCACCGUCUCUAGCAUGCUUUAUUGUCCUGCGGCAGGG